GGAAAACGGGCGCAGGAGGGCGGGGCCGCAACUGUUAAGGCAUGCUGCCGCAGACGUUUAAAGCCCUGAGUCAUGUGCACGUGCGAGGGCUGCACAAAUUCUUGCAGGUUUUUGCAUGUUUCUUAACACGGGUUUUCUUAUGUGAAGUAUACGCGUAUGCAAUAGUAUUACAGUUAGUAAUGUAACACGAUAGUACAUCACUAAAAGGCAUUGCCUACAUAAAUGUAGAUAAUAUUUGUAUUUUGUUAGAGCUUGUUUAUGAUAAAUAUUUACGGAACUAAUAUGCCCAGCAGUAAAGGGUAUUAAGGCAUUGAAGUAGGCAUGACAUAUUUGUGCAGCCCUGGUCCCGAUCAGCUGGCCUAAAAUUUCGGCGCCUAAAAAACAAUCACAGAGAAAGCAAAAAUUGUGUUUAAUAAAAUGCACAAAAGAUUUCGCAAAACAGCCGAUCAAACAAUUAUUGGCGAUUGCAGCAGCAGCAGCAGCGAGGAUGCUAGUGGAAAUCAUCAGAGGAUCAGAUCACUCGUGCGUAGGAAAUAUGUGCGACAGAAGCGUACAAAAACCGACGAGUUGGAUAUUUCGGAUACGAGCAGCGAGGAGGAGCCUAACAGUCAAGACCCAGGCCAGGAGAACCGAAAGUGGGCUGCGAAUCUCAAGAGAUACAGCAGCGAUCACAAGCCGCAGCCAUUGACGCCACAAAAUAAGUUCCAGCCCCUGUCGCUGUUCGUAAGUGUCAAAGCACCGUCUCCAACUUUAGCAACUAAUUCAUUUGAUAUGGCCAACUGUUCCACGAGCAUUGCUAGCGAUGCUCCAGCCACCUGUCGAGCAGCUUGGCACAGCUUCAGACAGACACUUGCCGCAUUGAAACGGGAUCGCCAGGGCCAGCUUCAGGCAUCGAACAGCAAGCAGGAAACUAUGAAUGAAACGCUGCUGGAAUGCACGCUAAACACAUCCAUAGAGGCUAAUCUGGAGACCAUGAUUGACACGCAGCAAACGCCGAACAGCUGCAGGAGAGUCGCCAAACAGAAGCAGCGCUGCAUCAAAGGUGGCCAUUUAUAUGAAUUCAAGCGACUGAUUCUGAGAGAGCGCAUGGAUCGCCGGAGUCUGGCGCACAACCAGCGGCUGGGCAUUAGCUCGGGCCAACGCGUGCGUGUGCUGAGCAUAAGCGAAUCCUUUGGCUGUCACAUGGCACGCGUACAGGACGAAGCCGAAGAUAAAGGCAUAUUUAACAUAAUACUCUCGCCCAGCAUGUCGCCGUGCGUGGGCGCCACGCUAGAGCUUUACUUCGAACUGAAGCCGGAGACGGCGCUGCAACUGGCAAAUAAGGAACUCGUUUACGUGCAGCCAAAUAAAUUAGUUUUAUUAUAGGUACACGCAAACUUAGGACUAAUUAGGGAAUACUUAGUAAAUGCAUUUGUAUAAAAUA